UGCCAGGUCAUGUUCUCUGUUCCUCUCAACUGUUUUCCCGACCAUAUAAGGGGAGGCAGCUGCUGGGGGCGUCCCCAGGAUCUAAAGAUAGCGGCCCCUGCCUGGAACUCUAAAUGCCACCCUGGAGCGGGAGCCGCAAUGGCACGGCAGCACGCCCGGACCCUGUGGUAUGACAGGCCCAAGUAUGUGUUCAUGGAGUUUUGCGUUGAGGACAGCACCGAUGUCCACGUGCUUAUUGAGGAUCACCGCAUUGUGUUCAGCUGCAAGAAUGACGAUGGAGUGGAGUUGUACAAUGAGAUUGAGUUCUAUGCCAAAGUGAACUCCAAGGACUCCCAGGAUAAGCGCUCUUCCCGCUCUAUUACUUGCUUUGUGAGGAAAUGGAAGGAAAAGGUGGCCUGGCCCCGGCUUACCAAGGAGGAUAUCAAGCCAGUGUGGCUGUCUGUGGACUUUGAUAACUGGAGAGACUGGGAAGGAGAUGAAGAGGUGGAGCUGGCUCAGGUGGAACAUUAUGCAGAGCUUUUGCAGAAGGUCAGCACCAAGAGACCUCCACCUGCCAUGGAUGAUUUGGACGAUGAUUCUGACAGUGUGGACGCAACAGUAAUUAACUUUCUACUACAGCAAAGCUGGGAAGGGCAGCUUGUGGCAUUUUUCCAGUUGUUCUGGAAGCUAGCCGCCUAGGCCUUUGUCAGCGCUUUGGCUGAUGCACCAAGUUCCUCUGACACCUCUGAACUUUCCUAGAAGCCUACUUUAUUAAGGGUCGUCCUUCAAGCUGUCUUCCUUCUAGGCACUUGACUAUGGCGCU